GCAACGUUUAUUGGAAUAUAUUCUCAAACCCUGUCAGUCUUUAGAGAUCAAAGCAUUGCUCUUUAAGAUGGUGACACCGGCCGUCCCUCUCGCGCCAACAUCUCACAUCGCCGAAAUGUGUUAAACCUACGCAAUUAUACUUAUUUGCGGUGACGUUGGACGUUACGGCACAUAUUCUAAGGUCAAUAAAAUGUCAAUUUAGGUGACAUUGCACAACUCGUCACUUCCAGAUGAUGCCCAUAGUUUGCGACGGAAGACUAUUAUUAGUCAGUGAAAGCACAUGUGUGUAGUGUGUGUGUGUGUAGCUUGACAAGCCAAGGUUGGGCGGUCCAAACCGUCGUUAGUGACAUCUUUCCUCCAUCCGACGGUGACUGACUGCGGCUCAUGAUGCUGUCUGAGCGUUCACGUCUCUGAUCUCCAAACCUGAAGCUGUCUCACGCGAUCGUACGCAGCAAGGACCACGCGGACGUUGUCCCUUUGUUUGAUUGGUCCUUGUGAGGGAGCCACGCCCACUAUCUGAGUACUAAGAGUGUUUCUGGGUGAGGACGACAAACAUCGUCUACUGAAGAGCCCCUCCCCCAUCGUGACCUGGUACAUCCCUAUGGGUGAUCAUCCUCCACCAGCAUCCUGAUCUCACCUCAGGAGCCCCCCCCCCUCUCUCCACCCCCACGCCCCGCGGCACCAUGGGAGACGUAGUGCGGAUGCACUUCUCCACGGUGGACUAUGUGAUCUUUGCCGUGCUGCUGGUGGCGUCUACGGGCAUCGGCCUCUUCCACGCCUUCUCCGGCGGGCGGCAGCGCACCACACAGGAGUUCCUGCUGGCCGAUCGCUCCAUGGGCUGCCUGCCCGUGUCUCUGUCCCUGCUGGCCACCUUCCAGUCGGCCGUGGCCAUCCUGGGCGUGCCGUCGGAGGUGUACGCCUUUGGGACGCAGUACUGGUUCCUGGGCUGCUCCUACUUCCUGGGACUGCUCAUCCCCGCUCACGUGUUCAUCCCUGUGUUCUAUAGGCUCCGCCUCUCCUCCGCCUACGAGUAUCUGGAGCUGCGCUUCAACAAGACUGUUCGCAUUUGUGGCACCGUCACCUUCAUCUUCCAGAUGGUCAUCUACAUGGGUGUGGUCUUGUAUGCCCCGGCCCUGGCUCUCAACGCAGUUACUGGCUUUGACCUGUGGGGGGCAGUGAUGGCUAUGGGCCUGGUGUGUACUUUGUACACCACACUGGGAGGUCUGAAGGCGGUGAUGUGGACGGAUGUGUUCCAGACGGUGGUGAUGUUUGCGGGCCAGCUGGCCGUCAUCGUGGUGGGGGCUGGCCAGGCGGGGGGCAUGGCUGAGGUGUGGAGGAAGGCUGUGAACGGGAGCCGCAUUGCUGGCCUGGACCUGAACCCUGACCCCCUGGAGAGACACACCUUCUGGACCCUGGGGCUGGGCGGGGUGUUCCUCAUGCUGGCCCUGUACGGAGUGAACCAGGCGCAGGUCCAGAGAUACCUCAGCUCUCGCACCGAGAGCGCCGCCGUCCUGUCGUGCUACGUGGUGUUCCCCUGCCAGCAGCUGGUGUUGUGUCUGGGCUGUUUGAUGGGCCUGGUGAUGUUUGCCCGCUACGGAGAGGACAGCCCUCUGGACAAGGGCUACGUCAAGUCCAACGACCAGAUGGUGCUGUACUUUGUGAUGGACGUGUUGAGGGAUCUGCCAGGCCUGCCUGGCCUGUUUGUGGCGUGUCUCUUCAGUGGAGCCCUCAGCACCAUCUCGUCAGCGUUCAACUCCCUGGCGACGGUAACCAUGGAGGACCUGAUCAAGCCCCACUUCCCGGCGAUGACGGAGGCCCGAGCCACGCUUCUGUCCAAGGGCCUGGCGCUGGGCUAUGGUCUGGUGUGUCUGGGCAUGGCCUACCUGGCCUCCCUCAUGGGCUCUGUACUGCAGGCUGCUCUCAGUAUCUUUGGCAUGGUGGGAGGUCCUCUGCUGGGUCUCUUCUGUCUGGGAAUGUUCUUCCCCUGGGCCAACCCCACAGGUGCGGUGGUGGGGUUGGUGGCAGGACUAGGCAUGGCCUUCUGGGUGGGCAUCGGUAGUUUUGUGUCCCGCAUGCCCCUCCCUCUGCCCCCCGGCAACGCCACCGCCCUCCCUGGAAACAUGACCACCGCUGUCAUGACAACCAUGAUCAGCACCAUCACAACCAAACAAAGAGCCUCGGGUCUCCAGGCUCUCUACUCUCUGUCCUACAUGUGGUACAGCGCUUUGAACUCCACCACCGUGGUGCUGGUGGGGCUGUUGGUCAGCAUGCUCACCGGGCCCAUGCAGGAGUGUGACCUGACCCCCGGCACGGUGUUUCCUGUCCUGGGCACGCUGCUCUUCUUCCUGCCCCAGCGCCACCGAGACAAGCUGUGCUGCGUCACCCCACUCCUGCACAAGGCCAGACCCCUGGACAGCCUGCCCUAUCAGAUGGCCCAGAAGGACAGUAAUGGUGUGGGGCUUACCAAGGAGGGGGAGAGGCUGGAGGAGGGGGAGGAGAAGAGAGGAGGCAAGGAUGACGAGAGAGGAGAGGUGGAGGAGAGAGGAGGAGAGGUGGAGGAGAGAGGAGGAGAGGUGGAGGAGAGAGUUACCCCUAAGCCUUCCUGUCCACUCGCUCACAUGGUGCAGGAGACAUUCUUGUGACCCAUGACCCCUCCCACACACACACUGCCCCACCCCACACACAACCCCCCAGACCUCCACCCUAAACCCUCCCACAACCCAGAAACACCACGCAUGCCCCCCUGCAGCUCACGCUGCCCCAGGGAGAGAGCCCUAUGGGGGCAGGAGGACCAGGCGACGCCCCUGGAUGACUCCGAAGAUCCAGGGCGCUGAGAAAGGCAGGAACUAACCGACAUGUUCCAGUCUUCAAUACACACCAUCUUGAAUUCACUGUACCUCUCUGACGCUCGCACACACCUAAAGGUCACCUUUCAGUCAUGAACCUCCAGCAGAGGGUAGAGCAGCAUCAGUCUGCCUGAGGGAAGACCUGGAGACGACACCACACCACCUCUCCCUGAAGCCAGAGGAGCAGCUCUGUUGCUGGUCUGAGGCCAGAGGAGCAGCUCUGUUUCUGGUCUGAGGCCAGAAGCCUCCAGCUAAAGCUGACAGCCCUCCCAGCUGGAGACAGCCCUCUGGGUCCUGCACGUUCAGGACUGACCUGCUGGAGCCUAAACACACAGCACUGUGAGUACGGACCAACUGCAACACUUCACUGGAAGGAGUAGAACUACCAUGUAACCAUAGUAACACCUGCAGUAACACUAACUACAUAGUAGCUGCUGAGCAGUUGCACUUAGCGGUACAAGUUAUACGUGAGUGAAACUUGGUAUGGGGGAAGGGGAGCUGUCCUGGCCCCCCUCCCCCCUCCCCCAUCCUGGGCCUUCUUACACUUGUGUAACAACCUAUAACAGAAAGACACCUAUAACACUAAACACCAUUCAGUUACAGUCAUUCCUCUUCCAGUGUUGUUACUGUAAGUCUGACUGUAGUUACAUGGUAGUCAAUGUAACCUCAUUGUAAAGUGUUGCAGGACCCACUAACAGAAUCAGGAUCAAAUACAUAGUACUUCUUCAUACUUGACUAGUUAUAAAGUAAUAGUAUUAUUCUCUUAUUUUUGUAGAGACAAAGAAAAUGAAAAUAUAUAAAUGUGGAUAACAAACACGUUGAAAUGUCACACUAGGAACUUGACCGAAGGCACAAUAAUCACAGAUGUAAUAAUGUUAUGGUUUAAAUCGUACAACUCUUCUAGUUAGUCUGCUCCACAUGGCCUUUGUUCACGUGUUCACCUCCAAGCUGCUGUAAUAAGUACUAGGAGAACUUGUACAGACGUUGAUUCCGUAAUGUAGAAGCACAAGAGAUCACCUGGAGCCCAACUACCGAAGCCCUCACAGGGCUGGACCCCCCUGAGGCCAGGUCUCUGUCCAUGCCUGACCUUGUCUGAUGGUGGAGAAGCAGUACAGGGACAGCUGAUGGUUCAGGAGUUCAGGCCUGAACUCCUGGCAGCAUCCAUCUCUCCUCGCGCUCUCUCCACACAUCUUGAUGUUUUGAGGAGACGCUUUUCCAAUGAUUUAAAAUGGGGAAAAUACACAAUGUUUUGUAAGUGCCCAUUUUAAUCUGCUAUUGUCAAUGUUGUAGAAGUUGAAGUGUUUUAUUUAGGUUAACACCAAUGUAGUUGUUUUAUGAAGUGCAUACAUGUUUUUAAUGAUUAAGUCUGUCGUGAAGCGAGUGAAUCUUGUUAGCUGUUGUCUGGUUUGGUUCAGGGUCAUGUGUUUUCAUGUUUUGGAAUCUCAAGAAUUCUAGAAUGAGCGGACACCAUUCUGUUCCAUCGUGGGACAUUCUACUCACUAGUCUCUGAGGAGUUCAAGUCUGGUUUGAACUCGAGGCUUGUGUUUUUCAAUUCCAGAUUAAUCCUAAACCUGGACUGAAAAUAAUCUGGAAUUAGGAGAGGCUUUUAGUCAAGGAUAUCGGGUUUAAUCUGGUCUGAGAAACUGGUCCCAUGCUGAUAUCUGCUGUCCUCUUCCUUUCAUGUUAUUGUCAUGGUGGUGGACCAGUGCUGUUGCUUCCUCAGGAACAUGUCUGGUGUGCAUGUUCUACCAUCCAUGUCUGACAGGAGCUCUCUCCUGGUGUUUCACGCCAAAGCCAGUUCAUGCGUGUCUUGUGUUUAUGGUUUGGGGCAGUUUAAGUGUUUUGAUAUCGUAAACUAUCAAGUCUUAACUGACCUGUCAGCUUUAUACUGGCUGUCCAAAGAAUAAUCUUGACCUGAGAAAAAAAGUAGUGUUCGUCCUGAAGGCAAAACUACCAGGCAGUCAAAUGAUUAAAAACCCCGGAUGUUUCCCACUGUAAACAUGUACAGACACCACUUUGUCUUACUCAACCAUAAUGUGAUCAUUCAUCCUCACAAAAAAUACCUCGUAGUUGUCCAAAGCAUAUAGAACGUUAACUCGCACUGUGUUGAUGCUAGCUGUGUUUUUACCUGAAGAGAAUAUAGGCCAUAGGUUUCAUUUUUUAUGUUGUCAUACCGAAGUUUCAUUUCCGAAUGAGACUGCUGUGAAAUAUUUCUAUAUGCAAGGACCAUAAAAUGUUAUUUGUGAAUAGACGGCAGAAUUGGUAAUACUUACACGGAUGUUUGGGUGGCACCUUCUCAGUUUCCAAGCGAUCUGGGGUUCAGUAGUGGCGUCAACCAAGCUAGCAUCUUCGCCCUGCUUCAUGGGCUGUGCCAUAUUCUUGCCGAGACAAUCCACUAAUGAACAACAUUUUUAUGGUUCCUAGAGGUUAUUUUUCGACUCCUUUUUAGUGACAUCUUUUGCAAGAUACCUUGAUAUUUUCUUAUGUAGAGUAUAAGCACUGAACUGUUUCCAUGUUCCUUCUUCAUACCUGAAAUUACUUGAAGUGUGAAUCUGUGCUUUAAUCCUUUAUACUUUUGCUCUUUAUUAAACAACCCAAGUGCUUAUUAGUUAUUGAAGAUUCAAAAAAAGAACUAUAAGCACAUUUAGAACCACACUGUUUGUUGGCCUAGUCUGAGAUUAGACAUAGAGGUAUGGCAAAGACAACUGACACUUGAUCAGUGGCGGUUCUAGACACAUUUUACGGGGCCAAAGGGGGGCCAGUGUUUAAUCAGAGGGGCACAUUAAAAGACGGAAACAAAUUAUAUUUAAACAGUAAAGACUUUAAUUUUUGCCUUACAUUAAAAUCAUACAAAUGGCUCUGGCACUCCCUGUUCCAGGUCCUCAGCUCUCUCAAUACCUUGAUAUGUUUCUCUCACUUUUGUAUUUACUGGGGCAAAAAGGCUGUAAUGUCCCUUCCUCGUUUCAUGAUGACUACUACAAGAAGAAAAACAACAUAAAAUAACAAAUAUUUUUAUUAUUCAGUCAGCACAGGGGGGCCAGGGACAUUUUUACAGGGGCACUGGCCCCUGUAGCCCCCUUUGUAGAACCGCCACUGCACCUCAUGAAUGAAGGCUGUGAUUGUGGCCAGAUGAAUUGUGAAUAGCUUGUGUAGUGACAACUCAUACAUUCACCAGUUGUGCAGUUGAGAUGAAGCGAAUCCACUGGAAACUGACUUCUCCAUCAUCGAGGCAGAACUGUAAACCCUAACCCUGUAAACCGCUGAUAUAGAACGAGGCUGAGCUAGACCAGAGAGCGCGAGGAAACAUGCCACAGUAAUUUCAAAAACGAUAAUAAAUAUUAUCCGUUGAUAUUUAUUAUCAUGUCCGUUUAUCUGACGUCUUGUCUAUCUUCUUUGUUUGUCAGAAUUCUUCCUCAUCAUUCCAAAACAAACCUUGAGCCGUGGUGCGCCCGGCUGCUCAGGUUGUGCCUUCAUAAUAUCUGUUGUGAUUAUAAUUUUUAUACUGUUGGAUGUGGUAAAAGUGAGCAGAGGUCUACUUUGACUGAAGCAGAUUCACGGAUCCAAAUGAUGUUAGUCUUGAUCACGACACCAAAGCGUUACAACACCUCACAUUAAGAUUACACCGCCUACCAUGAAAGUACUUACCAGUAAUUCCUCUUCCCCUGUUAGCCCACCCUCCCCUCCCCCAUAGCAAGUUUCACUUGAGUAAUAACUUGUAGGCCUGCCACUAAACCACAAUGGUGUGUAACUACAUAGCGGUUCCUGUGCAUUUACAAUGUAACUAUAGGUGCUGCUAUGUGGGUACAUGGUAGUUAAUGUAACAUUCAUGUUAAGGGUUGAUGAGGAUUUUCCAAAUGACCUGUGAUGCCUUGCUGUUGGGACCUGCUGUGUGGUAGUUGGGGUCAUGUGUUGGGCAUUACGUUCAAGAACUCUCAUUAAAUGUCCUCUGUUUUUAACUGGAUUAAUUAUUGUGAAAAGACUAUUGUUGUCUUAAAAAAAUAAAGUCAUUUUUGAUUGCAA